UUUGUAUAUUUUGAUUUCUUCUGAAAAUCUUUGAAAAAUCUUCUAAAUUUUUAUCAUUUGUUUUCUUCUGUAAAUCUUUCUGUUUUUGUUUCUCAUUCCUUCAAUGGAAUCUGUUCAUGGUCUCAAACAGUCCACUAAAAAUCAACGAAUUCUUGUUUCUCCUGGUUCUGAUUCGUCUUGGGAAGGUUACGACGAAGUUAGAUCCAAACAUCGUAACGAUCCAACAGUGAUGAAUAAGCUACGUGAGAAAUUGAAGUCGAAAGCUAUAGUUAAACAUGCACCCAAAGAAAUAGACAACAAGAUUGAAGGGGUUACAACACGCCCUAAUCUCCCAAAGGGAAUGAAAUACGUCAUCAAGAAGAUCCCGUCCCACCCAUUGAGAUUCGGAACGACAUAUAGGGCUAAUUUUCUUGAUGAUUUUGAAUCAUCAAUAGGUGGAGAUAUUGUUGUCAGAAGGCCAUGGAUGGUUGUGUUAGCGAUAACGACGAUCCAAAAAAAACUAGGAGAGACAUCUCUCCAAACCAAAGAGAACUGA